AUGAAGCCAACGCACACAAUGGUCAACUGCUGGUUCUGCAACCAAGACACACUGGUGCCCUAUGGGAACCGCAACUGCUGGGACUGCCCCCACUGCGAGCAGUACAACGGCUUCCAGGAGAAUGGUGACUACAACAAGCCAAUCCCUGCCCAGUACAUGGAGCACCUGAACCACGUGGUGAGCAGCACGCCCAGCCUCCGUGAGCCCGUGCAGCCGCAGCAGUGGGUGAGCAGCCAGGUCCUGCUGUGUAAGAGGUGCAACCACCACCAGACCACCAAAAUCAAGCAGCUGGCCGCCUUCGCUCCACGCGAGGAGGGCAGGUACGACGAGGAGAUUGAGGUGUAUCGACACCACCUGGAGCAGAUGUACAAGCUGUGCCGGCCGUGCCAGGCAGCCGUCGAGUACUACAUCAAGCACCAGAACCGCCAGCUGCGUGCGCUGCUGCUGAGCCACCAGUUCAAGCGCCGCGAGGCCGACCAGGCCCACAUGCAGAGCUUCUGCUCCUCUGCAAUGAAGGCCCCUGUCCAGGUCAUCCUGCUGCGCGCCCUGGCCUUCCUGGCCUGUGCCUUCCUGCUGACCACCAUGCUAUAUGGCACCAGUAACCCCUUCGCCCCAGGGGCCACCCUGCCCCUGGCCCUGCCACCUGGUGGCAAUGGCUCGGCCGCACCUGAGAAUGGCACUGCCCCUGGGGCUGAGGGCUGGCAGCAGCUGUUGGACCUGCUACCUGAGCACAUGGCAGAGAAACUGCGAGAGGCCUGGGCCUUCGGGCAGAGCCACCAGAUGGGCGUUGCGGUGCUGGGCCUGCUCACCUGCCUGCUGGCCAUGCUGCUGGCCGGCCGCAUCAGGCUCCGGAGGAUCGACGCCUUCUCCAGCUGCCUGUGGGCCCUGCUGCUCGGGCUGCAUCUGGCCGAGCAGUACCUGCAGGCUACCUCACCCAACUGGCUGGACACACUCAAGUUCAGCACCACAUCCCUGUGCUGCCUGGUGGGCUUCACAGCAGCCGUGGCCACAAGGAAGGCAACGGGUCCACGGAGGUUCCGGCCUCGAAGGUCAGAGAAGCAGCAGUGACUGUGGGGGGAGGAAAGACGGACGGACAGGCCCGGGGCUUUGCUGCCAGCCUCUUCUUAUCUGACUCCCUCCUGCCCACCCUGGCCUGGCCCAGCCCCAGCACUUCCCCGAGGGGUCAGCCUGCCCCCCUUUUCCUUUCGGCCUCUCCAUGUCAUUCCGACCUAAGGCUCUCCCUGAUGCCCUGUAGCUGCUUGCCACUGCCACCACUUCUCUGGCCGGAAACCCUCUCACCUGGUGAUCAGCGCACGGGCAGCACCCACAGCCCACCUGUGACACUGGGCUUCCUACUGGCAGCUCCAGGCACCUGCCCUGCCACAGCCUUAUCUGGCCCUGACACUGUUGGGUGAGGGGUGUGGGCCGCUGUCUGUCUCCUCUCACCUCCCCUCAAGCCCCUGUCCUGGACGGUGACAGUGGCUGCGGGCUGGGCCCUACGCACAUGACCUGUCCCUCAAGUUGCUUGGCACGGCAGGUGCUGCUCAGCAGAGUGAGCGGGGUCCAGAGCAGAGCCCCCCGCGCCAUCCCUGGAUAGAACCCUCCUCUGGCUCUCUCCUUGGUCCUGCUUGUUGCUGGGCCAGCGCUGUAGGGGGCAGUGCUGCCACUCAGGCUCCACUACUCAGUUCCCUGCUCCGAGGCCUUCCUGAGACCCAGGACCCCUCAGGCUCCUUCCCUGGGAACAGAGAGUGCAAUUCUUGGGCCCAGUCUGGCCUUGACCAUGAGUCUGUGGCGUGAGACCUCCUUCCAAGGUGGACAGUAGAAAGUCCUGCUUUUCCUUGCAGUCAGCAAGUUUCCUCCUUACGGCCAGGCUGUGGUGGGAGUUCACCCUGGUUGGGGGAGGGAGUUAAUAGCCUUUCCUUUAUUCAUCAGUUAAUUACUAUGGGCCGGACAGGAAGAACUAGGGCAUUCACGCUCUACCCACUCUCCUGAGAACCCCCCGUCACUGCCCCAGAAAGGCAGGACCCCUACCCUGUCCCUACACUUGUCCCCUGUGGGGCAGGAGUUUGGGCUUCCUGGGCUAAGGCUGCCCUCACUAGCUGGCCCCUGGCACGACUGGAAGGCUCUCAUUGGCCCUGCACCCCCAGGCCUAGGAUGUCCCCAGUUUCCUCCACUUACCCCAGAUGAUGCCUAGGGAAAGCCCACAUUGCCCAGGGUCAGCACACAUAAGGGGCACGCAGGCCCACAGUGAUGCUGGGAGAUGACGUGCCAUCCACGUGCAGAGGAAGCUCUUGGCCUAACACUACCUCCAAGGGCCACAGUCAGAAUGUGGACCAAGGCCAUCCCCUACCUGGCAAGUUGCCCUCAGAUGACCUGACACACUCCCUCCACGUCCCAUGUGUCCUGCUGCUUGUCACUCUGAGCAUAAGUCCCCUCUCCAGGCCUGGCCCCAAGUCUGCCAGCUCCUCCUGUCUGUGCAUCAGAGCCCAGGGGAAGCAAAAACAGAUUACACCUUCGUGGGGGGUCACACCUGGUAAAAGGGCCACCAGUUACCUGGACCUGAGGAGGCAGGUAAGGGGGAGGGUGCGCUGGUCAGCCUCUGCCUGGAGCCCCGCAGGGAGUUUGAGAGUGGUGCCUAGGCCCUGCUGCAGUGAAUUCGUUGUGUUUGGGGGUCCUAAGUGGUUGCCGUACUCCCGAGCCCCAGUGAUUGGGCAGCGGCUGCAUGUGGUAAGCCCAGGUGGGUCAGGGGACCAUCUGGGGGCUUCUGUG